AUGUCUGCCGUCGCACCCUUCAACCCUCGUCCUUUACUCCAGAGCUUGGUGGACAAGGAUAUCGUCGUGCGUCUGAAGUGGGGCGAGACUGAAUACAAAGGCAGACUCGUCUCGGUGGAUCUGUACAUGAACAUCCAACUCAACAACACUGAGGAAUUCAUUGGAGGGCAGAGCUCGGGUCAGCUAGGGCAGGUGCUAAUAAGGUAUGUGUCGCUUACGCGGGAUGAGAUUAAUGGCUGGAGAAAGGAAGGAAAUGGAGAACACAUCAUGGACGGAAGCUAA